AUGCUGAGCAGGUUGAUGAGCGGCAGCAGCAGGAGCCUGGAGCGCGAGUACAGCUGCACGGUGCGGCUGCUGGACGACAGCGAGUACACCUGCACCAUCCAGAGAGAUGCCAAAGGCCAGUACCUGUUUGACCUUCUUUGCCACCACCUGAACCUACUUGAGAAAGACUAUUUUGGGAUCCGCUUUGUGGACCCGGAUAAGCAGCGGCACUGGUUGGAGUUUACAAAGUCUGUGGUGAAACAACUGAGAUCCCAGCCUCCAUUCACCAUGUGUUUCCGUGUGAAGUUCUACCCUGCAGACCCUGCUGCCCUGAAAGAAGAAAUAACCAGGUAUUUAGUCUUCCUACAGAUCAAAAGGGAUCUCUACCACGGUCGCCUCCUCUGCAAAACAUCAGAUGCUGCCUUGUUAGCGGCUUAUAUCCUUCAAGCGGAGAUUGGAGAUUAUGACCCGGGGAAACACCCUGAAGGCUACAGCUCCAAGUUCCAGUUUUUCCCUAAACAUUCAGAGAAGCUGGAAAGGAAAAUUGCCGAGAUUCACAAGACAGAACUCAGUGGUCAAACACCAGCAACAUCAGAGCUGAACUUUUUAAGAAAAGCACAGACAUUGGAGACAUAUGGAGUAGACCCUCACCCGUGCAAGGAUGUCUCGGGAAAUGCUGCAUUUCUGGCCUUCACACCUUUUGGGUUUGUUGUUCUUCAAGGAAACAAGAGGGUCCACUUCAUUAAAUGGAAUGAGGUGACCAAGCUGAAAUUUGAAGGAAAGACUUUCUAUUUAUACGUAAGUCAGAAAGAGGAAAAGAAAAUUAUUCUCACAUAUUUUGCUCCAACUCCAGAAGCCUGCAAGCACCUCUGGAAGUGUGGAAUUGAGAACCAAGCCUUCUACAAGCUGGAGAAGUCAAGCCAAGUCCGCACAGUGUCCAGCAGCAAUUUAUUUUUUAAAGGGAGCCGAUUCCGAUACAGUGGCCGAGUUGCAAAGGAAGUAAUGGAGUCAAGUGCCAAGAUCAAACGGGAGCCACCAGAAAUCCACAGAGCUGGGAUGGUUCCCAGCCGCAGCUGUCCCUCCAUAACCCAUGGCCCAAGGCUGAGCAGCGUCCCCAGGACCCGGAGAAGAGCUGUUCACAUCUCCAUCAUGGAAGGCCUAGAGUCCCUUCGGGACAGUGCCCAUUCCACCCCAGUGCGUUCCUCCUCUCAUGGGGACACGUUCCUGCCUCACGUGAGAAGCAGCCGGGCAGACAGCAAUGAGCGAGUCGCUGUGAUUGCAGACGAGGCCUACAGCCCUGCAGACAGUGUGCUCCCCACUCCCGUGGCUGAGCACAGCCUGGAGCUGAUGCUGCUUUCCCGGCAGAUCAAUGGGGCCACCUGUAGCAUCGAGGAGGAGAAGGAGUCUGAGGCCAGCACCCCAACUGCUGCCGAUGUGGAGGCCCUUGGGGGAGAGCUGAGGGCCCUGUGUCAGGGGCACGGCAGGCCAGAGGAGGAACAGCACAGUGGGCAUCUGAAGGGACCACCGCUACAGAAGCAACAGCAGCAGGGGUGGGGUAAGUCUGUCCCCUUAGACUAGAUCCUAGUGGGCAUCACCGUGAAUUUUGUAUGAUAAACUUUAACUUCUGUGAUUUUUUUUCUGAAGAACCUCAAGCUUUUAGAGUGCUCCAGAAGCGUUAGAUGAAUUCAGUGGUACCAGAGAUAGGACUGUCAGAAAUGUUGGACAAAAUGUAGUUAACAGAAACCAGAGCUAAGGUACCUGAGAGACUGCUGAGAUUCAGAGAGCAGUGCUUAUUUUAUACACCCCCACCCCUGGCAAAAAAAAAAAUUUUUUUUCAAUUUAUAUUUUAACAACAAAAUGUUAUUUUCUUAUCAAUUCAUGUUUUGUUUUUACUUUAUGGAUUAAGAAAAUAGAGCCUGAUGAACUAAACGAUGCAAGAAAGAAACUGAUCCUGAGAAUGAAAAGCUUCAGAAAAUAGAAUUCCAAGAUCAACAAACAGCCUUGGAAGGGACCAGGAAAAGAAUCUCUUUAAAUAGGAGUUCUAACAGAUGCCUACCAAGAAAGAAGGUGAACGUGGCAAAGAACACUUAGGUGUAG